AAAUAUUGCCGCGAUUUGUGUUCAGAUGUGGAGAACACAUGUGGAGAAAAAUGUCUGUAUUUGAAAGACACGUAGGGGUUGUAAUUUUCUCAAUUUAAAAACUGAAAAACUAAAUGUCUUUUAUAUUGUAUUACAAAGUUUAAAUAUAUAUAACAGGAUGAUGCACUGCGUAAGAACGAUACCAUUAUUGUCAACACUGAAGUACAUAACAAGAUGUAAGUUCAUUGAUAAAAGUGAUAGAAAUAUUUUAAUUAGACCUCAGUAUUGUUAUUUUCAUAAAAAUGCACAAGUAUCCAAAAAUGUAAUCAAAUCAGUAAGUCAAUUUGGAGUAAUUAAAAACUUGUCACAUAGAUUUGAUCUCUAUAAACAAAGAUACAGAUUAAGUGCAUUGGGUUAUGACUUAUACGAUGACAUUCCUGACAGACUUAAUUAUUCAAUAUUUUUCAAAGGUUUCAAUAUGUCAGAUACAUUUUUCUCAUGGUUCCUAAUCACAGAACUGCAUGUUUGGAUGUUAAUGGUACGUUUUAUGGCCGAAGGAAAAAAGGGUGAACUGGUUGUAAAAAAUAUGGUUGAGGCUAUGUGGCAAGAUAUUACUAUAAGAAUAGGUCUACUUGGUCCAAUGACUGAAAAAACAAAAAAGAAACAACUGUUGGACUUAUCAUAUCAAUUUAAUGCAGCUAUAGUUGGUUAUGAUGAAGGCAUUAUGUCAGAUGACAAAGUUCUAGCUAGUGCAUUAUGGAGAAGGUUUUUUGUCUUAGAGUGUAACGAUCCUGAACAACUAGAGAAACUUUUAAUUUAUGUUAGAAAACAGAUUAAUGCGUUUGAUAAAAUUCCAUCGGAAAAAGUUUUCGAUAAAUCAAUAGCGAAAUGGGUAGAUUUGUAAAGUAUUAAAUAAAGCUUAUGAAUACUAUUAAGAAUUUGUAAAUUUUAAUUAGGAAGCCAAUUAUUUAAAGAUUUAACAGAUAAAUUUGGAAGACCAUAUUCUGUUUUAAAGGAAUACGAUUUAUACCAAGUUGGUCUUGCAUGGAUAUUUUCAUUGGCAGAACUGAGAUCAUACAUCCAAUUUUGGUAAUCAGCUACUUCCUAUAAGAAAAGAAUUUUUAUUUCAAAUUAUAAUAAAUUUACAAUUAUUUAUAAUUUAUAACUUUAUAAUUUAAUUUAUCUUUUAUUAUGUCAUAAAUAAAAUAAAAAAUAACUUACAUAA